CCCCGGGCAGGGCAGCCGCCGGCGAUGCCGUGCUGCAUGCCCGGCGUGGCUUUCGUGCCCGCUUUGCUCGUCAGCUGGUCCUCGGCCGCCUUCAUCAUCUCCUAUGUGAUGGCCGUGCUGGCGGGGCACGUCGAGCCCCUCGUCCCCUACAUCAGUGACACUGGAACUAAACCUCCGGAGAGCGGUGUCUUUGGUUUUAUGAUUAAUAUUUCAGCACUUCUAGCUGCAAUUACAAUGUACAUCAGAUAUUUAUUAAUAGAGAAGCAGAAUGAAUCAUCACACUUUGUUUGGUCUUCAUGCAAUAUGUUUACACUGUGUGUGGGACUGAUGGGCUGCACUGGAAUGGGCAUAGUUGCAACUUUUCAGGAGCUGGCUGUUCCCAGUGUCCAUGACAUAGGAGCUUUGGUGGCAUUUGGCUCGGGUGUUGUAUACAUCACACUUCAGUCUAUAAUCUCCUACAAGUCCAGCCCGCGAUGGAACACUUACUUUGUGUGUCACAUAAGGAUGGCCAUAUCUGUCAUAUCAUGCAUUGCUUUCAUUCCCAUGAUUGUGUUUGCUUCAAAAAUUUCCAUGACAAAAAUUGAUUGGACUCCAGGUGAAAAGGAUUAUACUUACCAUUUUAUGAGUGCAAUCUGUGAAUGGACGGUGGCCUUUGGUUUCAUCUUCUUUUUUUUAACAUUCAUUAGAGAUUUUCAGAGAUUUUCUUUAAGGAUAUCGACAGAAAUACAUGAAGACUCCUGGUAGUGAAAAAACAAUAUUUUUUAUCUAUGAAUGCUCUAGGUUUCUUUUUACUUACAGAAAAAGUGGCAGAGGGACAGGGAUUGAUACAGUUGUAUUAAGAACCCAUGCCAUUAACUCUGCACCAGCAACCACUAAAAGAUUUUAAAAAUCCAGAGCAAGGUUCCUCCUGCCUUUUUGCAAUAUUUUAAAAUUUUUGUAUGGUUCAGUAUGUUAAAAAUACUAUAAUAAAAGCAAUAUCUAGAAGCACUGGAAAAUCACUCAAGGACUUGAUCUCAGCUCUUCCAUUUUGGACUUAUAUGUACUUUUUCAUUUUCUGUAGUGUGAUUAGUAGCAUUAGUUUUAAACCUUAGAAAGUACAUUUUGCAAAGAGGGAAGUGUAAAGGCAAUAGAAAUCACUAGGACUGAAUUCCUACUCAGUUAAUGUGCAAGGGCUGGAGAAGAUGGUGAGAGCAGGAUCUUUGUUUGAAGAUAUUUGAAGUUAGCAGAUGGCAACACUAUGCUACAUAUUUCUGAUACCGGGCACUGUAAUGCAAAUGCAAAUCCUAAGAAAAAUAUAAACUGUAUUGCUUGAAGAAUGUUUUCAAAUCAUCACUGCAGUAUAUGUUGUAAAAAUCCACCCCUUUUUCCCUUUUAUGCACUGGUGGCCACAGGAAACAAAAAACGGAAGUGGGAAUAGAAAGUAAAUUUACAUUUAAGCAUGAUGUACUAAAGAGAAAACUUAUUACAGUUUGGUUAAUAUAAAGCAGAAUUUUCCAGCCUGUGUUUUAAUCUACAAUGGAGUGAAGAAAGUCUCAGAAAAAGUCUUUGGGAAUGAAUGGAAAAUAAUAAGAGGCACCAGUAGUUUUCAGGUGCUUAGAAAUAAAUGCUUGAGUAUUAUAUACAUAAAACUGAAUUAAAAAAAACCCUGAAGAGCAUCUGUAAUGAAGAUAUUUGCUGCUAUAGACUUACUUCUUUAAUGAAAGACUUAGAAAGGACCUAAUUAAAAAGUCAGAUGUUACAAGUAUCUGCAGGCAAAAGGUUCUUUCAUGGACUGAUUCACCACCUCCAUUCAGUGCAUUAACUUGGUUGUCACUUACAUUCUCUGAAAAUUACAUUUUCCACACUAUCACAGUUUAUGCAGAAAUAUUGAUGAUUUUCAGUUGCUAAUAUCCACUAACUAAUGUCUGUUUUGGAGAGUGAUGUCUUAAGAUUAGUUAUCUGUAGAUAUUUCUUUUAAUGUGUAUUUUAAACUGUAUUAAAUUCAGCUGUUUCACAACUUAAA